CAAACAAACAAACAAACAGAAAAAAUUGAAAUUCAAUCAUGUUAUUAUUGAUAAUUGCCAUAGCUUUAUUAUCAUUAAUAUUAAUAUUAACCAUAUUGUUUGCAUUAAAUUAUUUUGGUCUAUUCGAUACAAUCAAUGUAUCAAGUGGACAAUCACCAUAUAAAUAUGGUAAUUGUUCAAUUGUUUAUCGUAUUGAUUAUGGAAAAUAUUCGGAUAGUUCAUCAUUGUUUACCGAAAUUUGUUCAAUAUUUCCAAUGGAUUUUCGUUCAAAAUAUUCAACAUUCGGUAUCUAUUUAGAACGUGAUCGUUUGAAUGAAAUUGAUCGUAGAAAAUUUAUUAAUGCUGAACGUUAUGAUUCAUGUGAAUAUAUUUUUAUGAUCGGUGCAAUCAUAUCCGAUGAUUCAAUUAUAAAACAUCCUAUAAUUAAAUCAAUGUUAAUGGAAAAAGGUUAUCGUUUUGCUCAAUUACCUGAACAAGUUGAUCCAGUUGUUUAUGUAAAAUUUCCUUAUCGUGGUAUUAUGUCUGUUGUUAUUGGUAGUCGUCGUGUUUAUUCAUCUAUCGAAUCAUAUAUUCAGGAAAAUCGUCUUACUGCCUAUCCUAAAAUCGAAAUCUAUGAUGGUGAUAAUAUUCAUUAUAUAUUACCAUUAUCAAAACAAAAUGAUUUUAUCAAUUUGAUCUCGAUGAAAUUAGCCGAACAACAAAAAUCACAAUUAUCAUCAUCAUCUUCAUCGCCAUCACCACAAUCAUCACCAAAAGAAUCGGAUAACGAAGAAGUCAUUGAUAAAGAAGAAGAAAUUAUUGGUGAAGAUUCUUCACAAGAAUCAAAUGGUGAACGUAAUUCUGAUUCAUCAUAUGAAUUGGUUGAUUAAUCGAUAUACGAAUUCAAUCUUUUUUUCUUCAUUUCUUUGUUUCGCGAGCCAAUCAAACAUGCCAACAACAUAUAAUAAUAAUGUGACCAACAAAAACAAAAUCAAAAAUUAUAAUAUCAAAUUUUUUUUUCUAAAUAGGCCAGAACUUAAAAACUUUUUUGAAAAAAUUAAAAAAUCAGGUGUGUGCUUUGCUGUCAAAUUGACCAACAUUAUUAAUUUUUUUUUUGUUUCGUUUCAAUUCAACACUGCAAUUUCUUUUUCGUUUCGUUUAUUUUUUUGCAUUGCUUUUUUUUCAUUUCAAUAGAAUAUUUUGUUAAUUUGUUUUGU